AUGAAGCAGCAGCAGCAGCCGGUCAUGUCGGCGGGCAGCGCGGGCGCCGCCGCCGCCGCCGCCGCCACGGCAGUCCCGGCCUUUCUAAGUAAACUUUGGGCGCUGGUGGGCGACGCACCCAGUAACCAGCUCAUCACCUGGAGCCAGAAUGGCCAGAGUUUCCUCGUAUUGGAUGAACAAAAGUUUGCAAAAGAGAUUCUUCCAAAGUACUUCAAGCACAACAACAUGGCAAGCUUUGUGAGGCAGCUGAAUAUGUAUGGUUUCCGUAAAGUAGUCCAUGUGGAUUCUGGUAUUGUUAAAUUGGAAAGAGAUGGUCCUGUUGAGUUCCAACAUCCCUAUUUCAAACAAGGACGGGAAGACUUACUGGAACAUAUUAAAAGAAAGGUUUCUUCCUCGAAGCCUGAAGAAAAUAAAAUUCGCCAAGAAGAUCUGUCUAAAAUUAUAAGCAGCGCUCAGAAGGUUCAAAUUAAACAAGAAACCAUUGAAUCCAGGCUUUCUGCACUGAAGAGAGAGAAUGAAUCUCUUUGGCGGGAGGUAGCAGAAUUGAGAGCAAAACAUCUGCAGCAGCAACAAGUUAUUCGAAAGAUUGUGCAGUUCAUUGUUACUCUCGUUCAGAAUAAUCAGCUUGUGAGUCUGAAACGCAAACGCCCACUGCUUCUGAAUAAUAAUGGGGCUACAAAGUCUAACUUAUUUCAGCAGAUUGUCAAAGACUCAUCAGAAAAUAAACAUCAUGUUUCACAUAACAGGAGUGAUGGUUUGAAGCAAAGAGAACAACUGUCAGAUGACAUUAUUAUUUAUGACAUCACUGAUGAUAGUGGGGAUGAAGAAAAGGCACCUGUUACUCCAGAAACCAGUGAAGAUACUGUUUCAGAUUCCAACUAUAGUCCUGACAUUGUAAUAGUAGAAGAUGAUAAUGAGGAUGAAUAUACACCUAUAAUUCAAGAAAAUACAAACGCUGAACCAGUUGGUAUUUCCUGUGAUGAAUCAAUGAGUCCUUCCUCGGAUGAUGCAAACCCAUUAAUGUCUAGUGCUGUUCAGUUAAACCACCAAUCAGCUUUAACAUCAGAAGAUCCAGUGUCAAUGAUGGAUUCUAUUCUUAGUGAAAAUGGAGUGAUCUCACAAAAUAUCAACCUUCUUGGAAAGGUGGAACUCCUGGAUUACCUUGAGAGCAUUGAUUGCAGUUUAGAGGACUUUCAGGCUAUGCUGUCAGGACGGCAGUUCAGCAUAGAUCCAGAUCUUCUGGUGGAUCUUUUUUCAAGUUCUGUACAGAUGAACCCUACAAGUCAUCUCAGUAGUACAAAAGUGGAAACAAAGGGAAUUGAAACUAUGAAAAGUCAUAGUCCUCAACAAGACUCACAAAAUGUGCCUAAUUCAAACUCUAAAACAGAUAAACAGCUCAUUCAAUAUACUGCUUUCCCUCUCCUUGCAUUGUUUGAUGGAAACCCAAGCACAGCAACAGAGAGUACGCAAGAAACCACAUCUUCUGUAGAUAAAUCAAUAGAAGUGGAUGAACUCCUUGAAAGCAGUCUGGAUCCUCAACCAACCCAAAGUAAACUCGUUCGUCUGGAACCUCUGACAGAAGCAGAAGCCAGUGAAGCUACAUUAUUUUAUUUGUGUGAACUUGCUCCUGUGCCAAUGGACACUGAUAUGCCACUGUUGAACAACUAACCCAAUAUGUUUAAGACAAACUAUUUAUUUAGAUUGUGUUUGGGGGGGGGGGGGUGUCUAACUUUUGUAAGCAUUUUGUGAAAGCAAUUAACCGGGACUUGAAAAGAUUCUAUUGCUUCUACAAAAGCAGAGCAGUUUAAAUAUUUACAGAAACCAUCAACAGUUCAUUCACACUAAUUCAUUAUAUUCUGGUGCCAUUGUACUUUGAAGUACCAGCUAUCUUCUAAACACAUAUAAUCAGAUGCUCUGUAUUAACCACUGUGGUAUCUCAUGUUCACUUUUGGUCCUAAUGUAUGACUGACGCAAAUUUGUUUUUGAUUUUUUGCUGGAAGUCAUAGAUUUCCAAGUUCUAUUCAUUACUUUUUUUAUUUUUACAACCUUGUUUAAAUAAAACUGUUAGGGGGACCAGACCUUUAUGUAAUGUGUCACUUAACUUCAAGUCUUAUUUAAGCACUACAUAUUGUUAGGGACGUUAGAAUGUUGCAUACAGAGGGAAGAGAUUGGGAAAGGAGAGUGACUCUGGCUCCCAGACUGGGGUUAAUCUUUUUCACAGAAAGGCGUUCUGCAUGAAGAUACUUCUGGUUGUGGGAUAGAGGGAUCAACCUAGGCUAAAAAAUUAGCUGGAUUUUAACCUCAACUAUACAAAUAUCCGGGUCCUAAUAAGUGAAAGCCAUUUCUUAGUGGAUCAACUUCCCUUUUCAUAAAAACCCUGCUGCUG